GAGAGAGUUGCAUCCAUUAGUUUAAUCUUUAAUGGCGUGUUUGUAAGACUUUUCCAACAUAUCCCCUCGUGGGGAUUGACUGUCUCCCUCCCUCUACCAUUCCCUUCUUUAAAUAAAUACCUCAAACUUCCUCCAUUCUGAACAGAGUGUGAGCUCUCUCGCUUUCUUCACCAAUUCUCACCCAGACCAACUUGUGUAAGAAAACCCAGAUUGACUAACAGAUUAAGAAGAUGGUGAGAGCUCCUUGCUGCGCGAAGAUGGGGCUGAACAGAGGCCCUUGGACUCUCGAAGAGGACCAAAUCCUCACCUCCUACAUUCAGAAAUACGGCCACAGCAACUGGCGCGCUCUGCCUAAGCUCGCCGGCUUGUUGAGGUGCGGGAAGAGCUGCCGUCUACGUUGGAUAAACUACCUAAACCCGGAAAUCAAGCGAGGCAAUUUCAGCAGAGAAGAAGAGGACGCCAUCAUCGACCUCCACGAAUUGCUCGGAAACAAGUGGUCGGCGAUUGCAGCGAAGCUGCCGGGGAGGACGGACAACGAAAUUAAGAAUGUAUGGCAUACCCAUUUGAAGAAGAGAUUGUUGAAGCAAAAGAAGAACCAAGGAGGAGGAAAUUACUCGCCGCAGCAAUUCUCCUCUGUUCAGGAAUGCUCUGUUUCAGCGACGGCGAAUACGUCUGAAACAGAGUCUACAGAGAGCCAGAGCGACGCGGCUCUGUCGCAUCAACCGUCGAGCAGCGGCAGCGGCGCCGUUUUUUCAGUCUCGUCUGACAAUUCGAUUGCGGCAACCGCGAGCAAUUACGUGGAAAUCUUGCCGGAGGAGGAGGAGUUCCCGGUGCUUAUCGAUGAGGCGUUUUGGUCGGCGCCGGAGGAGGAGGAGUCAGGGGAAUACUUGCAAUUUGAUCCCCAAAUCAAUUCCUUGGAUUUUUCUGUCCUGAAUCCUGAUGAAGGGAUGAACGGCGGCGGGGGUUUUCCAAGGAUUGAUGAGGGUAUGGAUUUCUGGUACGAUCUGUUCGUCCAAGCUGGAGGAAUUGAAGGAUUAUGAAGUUAUAACUUAACGCCCGUCACUAAAGAACGUCAGGGGAACAGAAGGAGCAUUUUCCGGUACCCUUAUUUUGAUUGUUAGCUACUGAUUGUCCGGAGAUGGCAGGAAAGGCGAUAAAACAGUACAUAAUGAGUAGUUUGAUUUGCCUUCUGUUCUCUGGGAUUUUACACACUCGGUUUCUUCAAAUAAAAAUAUAUUUGAUUAGAUCAGCAUAAAAAGAGGCCUUUGAUACUUGAACAAAUUCUUAGAUCGUGA